GAAGUCAUGAUUAUCAAAGAUAUCUUGAUUGAAACAUUAUCGAGCUGUUGAUGAUUAACUUAACAUGCUUUAAAUUAAAGCUGAAAAAAAGAAGAGGCAAUAAUCGAAAAGCAGAUGUAAUUCAGAUGCUCAUUAAUUCACGAGGAACCGGAAGUGAUCAAGAUCCGGUAGAGGAGAAUUUUGGACGAGCGGGUGACAGCUUCCGCUCGAUCUUCGUCGAAAGCGUUCGCCGGAUUUCCGAAUGAUAGAAUGUGCAGCUGAUCGGAAUGGCAAAACAUUCUCUGAUGAUCAUAUGCUUCAUAUGUUGCUACUUGUGCACUUUGAUUGACAUGACUGCUCCACAUUUUCCGGAGCUAGACUUCGAUAAGUACGGAAAAAAGGAAUCUUCCUUGUCGCUAAAGGACAUUCUGCCUUUGAAUCCGAAGCAGUAUGAUAAGCACAGAGCGCCGAAAUUCCCCGGGCAACCCACUGUUGUUUAUUUUCAUGUGACAGUGCUUAGCUUGGAUUCGAUAAAUGAAGAAUCAAUGACGUACGUGGCCGACAUAUUUCUCGCGCAGAGUUGGCGGGAUUCUAGACUGCGGUUGCCGGAGAACAUGUCCGAAGAUUACAGAAUACUCGACGUGGACUGGCUGCAUAACAUCUGGAGACCUGACUGUUUCUUCAAAAAUGCAAAAAAGGUUACCUUUCACGAGAUGUCAAUACCAAACCAUUAUCUCUGGCUGUAUCACGACAAGACAUUGCUUUACAUGUCCAAAUUGACAUUGGUGCUUUCCUGUGCGAUGAAGUUUGAGUCCUAUCCCCAUGACACACAAAUUUGCUCAAUGAUGAUCGAGAGUCUUUCGCACACGACUCAGGAUCUAGUAUUUCUAUGGAACAUGACGGAUCCUCUUGUGGUUAAUCCGCAGAUCGAGCUACCGCAGCUCGACAUAUCGAACAACUAUACGACUGACUGCACGAUCGAAUACUCGACCGGAAAUUUCACGUGCAUACAGAUUGUCUUCAAUCUACGUCGGAGACUGGGUUAUCACUUGUUCCACACGUAUAUCCCAUCCGCCCUGAUCGUCGUUAUGUCCUGGAUCGCCUUUUGGAUCAAGCCGGAAGCCAUCCCGGCACGUGUCACCCUUGGUGUGACGUCACUGCUGACCCUCGCUACUCAAAACACACAAUCUCAGCAAUCUCUGCCUCCGGUUUCGUAUGUAAAGGCGAUCGACGUGUGGAUGUCCUCAUGCAGCGUAUUCGUCUUCCUGUCCCUCAUGGAAUUUGCAGUAGUGAACAAUUAUAUGGGACCAAUCGCGACGAAGGCCAUGAAAGGCUAUUCGGAUGAAGAUCUUCGAGAGGCCAUCGAUGAUUUCAAGACGCCGAUGAGAUCGGAUGCUGAAAGAAAUAGAAGUCCAAUGAGGACACCGACUGUUCAGUACGAGCAAUGCUGCCAAGGACGAGCCACCGCCAUUUACAUCGACAAGGUUUCCAGAUUCUUCUUCCCUUUCUCAUUCUUCAUCCUUAACGUCGUUUAUUGGAGCACCUUCCUGUAAUAUAACUUGACGAGAUCUACCCGACUCAGCCGGAGUCUCAAAUGUAUUUUUAUAGAUAUCGAAUUUGGGAAAGUAUACAAUAUACACAUACAUAUACAU